AUGCUAACGCGAUAUAAAGACCGACAUCCGCGCAAACGACCCUUCGCGGGUUGGAUGAAGCGUCUCGCGAACCUCAAGCCCUCGUCCUCCGACUCUCUAGGCAAAAAGGGCAACACGACCAAGAAAGGCGCCGCGAAGAACAACCCCUAUCCCGAGUCUGGCUACAUCAACACCAAUGUAGCGCCAGCCGACAACUCCUCCGCAUCAACACCCGCAACGCAGCGAUCGCAUGACAGCUAUACGUCCAUAGAGGAACCAGCAGCGGGACAGCGCCAGGGAGUAGAGAAAAGCAACAAGUCUACGGCACCUACAGUAGCGACUGUCCCCGAGACAGUACACUCGUCAAGGUCAAAGGCAGAGACAGGCGGCAGCAACUUCGUCAACGGUGGCAGCACUUUCUCGUCGCCCAAUGGCUCCGAGCACUCCCUCACCACAACCCUGACGACGAUACAAUCAACCGCGCCCUCGAAUAUCCUUAACCUUGGCCAGGCGCAGAACCAAAACAAUGCGACAGGCUCAAGUACCACGCCCGUCCACUUUUCGCACCAAUUCCCCGCAUCCCCUCCGCCUUCAGCUAUACCGCCGCAUCUGGCGCCCCAGCAGCAACAGCCCAAUUCAUACCAAGGCGCGACCGCGAACAACAUCCUUACCGACAACGCGUCCAUCCUCACACUCGCCUCAUCCUCGAAACGCCGCCGUCGCAACUCCGUGGAUACCAAUGCCUCGAUGCGAGCAUUAGCCCCUUCAUCGCAUUACGGAGGCAGUCGCGAGUCGCUGCCGCUCAGCGUACUCUCAGCCAACCCAGACACCAUAUACUCGCCCUCCAGCAGGCCAAGCAACGUCGGUGCUUUCGUAAAUGCCGAACGUGCGAGUGUCUACUCAGCAUCUGGUGUUACCGCGCCGGUACUGCCCAGCGAGCGCAACAGCUACUACGCGACCAAACAAGCGGACGGUCUCAGUGUUCGCAGCGGGCUCCUUGGCCACGGCCGCACUGAUAGUAUCAGCAGCAUGCGAGCCACCCCGACCAGCCCACUCGCAAGCCCACGCGACCCCAUGGGCCCUGUCAGGAUCAGCCGGAAGAGCUCAGAGUGGAAAGAUGCGAGGGAAGCGAGUGACGAGGAUGAGGCGCCAGCGAGCCCCAUUGUUGAGGAGCAUGAAGAUAAGCCGGCGCCGAACGCUCAAACCUGA